UGUGGCCGGGACUUUCCUUUUAAUUUCUCACCGCAGGUGCUUCCAGCACAGCGCGCGCCACACCUGAAGGCGGCCGCGCCGGGGCAGGACUGCAGCCUCGGGCGAGGCGCCCGCGGAGGCGCCCGCAGCGGAGAGCGGGCCCUGGUGUGCACGGUGCCCGCGCGUGGCGGGCCUCGGGGUCGGACGUGGAGCCCGCUCGCCCCAGGGCGCAGGGCGGCGGCGAGGGGGCUGCGGGAGGACCUGAGGGGCGCGGCGGGGCCCUAGAGGGGCCUGUCCCGGGGCUGCAAGCAAGAGCGGCCGCAGGAGGAGGCGGCGGCGGCCGGAAACGAGUUCCAGCUGCCAAAUGAGAGAAGCUUCCAGAAUGCUGCUAAAAGCAAUGAUUUGUAUCUUAUGGAGAAGCUGUUUGAAAAGAAGGUUAAUAUUAGUGCUGUGAACAAUAAGAACCUCACAGUCUUGCAUUUUGCAAUGGGGACAAAUCGUUUAUCUGCUGUGGGUUUCUUGCUUAAUCACAAGGUCAGGGUGGUUAUUCCUGAUAAACAUGGCUUGACAGUACUUCACCGUGCAGCCUGGUCUGGAAGUCUCGAGAGCAUACUCAUGUUGAUUAGAGCUGGAGUGGACCAGAGAGCCAAGAGGCAGGAUGGAAUGAAUGCCCUCCACUCUGCAGCUCAGAGCAAUAGCGUGUGCAUCGUGGACCACCUCAUUCAAGAUCUUUACCUGGAAGACCUGGGCCAGCCUGAUGAGAAGGGAAGAAAACCAUUUCUUUUGGCAGCAGAGAGGGAGGGCCACGUCAAAAUGAUAGAAAAACUUAUCUUCCUUAAUCUGCAUACUGCAGAAAAGGACAAGGGGGGGAGCGCUGCCCUGCACCUCACAGCAAAGCGUAAUCACAGCCCUGUUCCAGUGCUGCUCACCCAGUCACCAGAAAUACAUGAGAUCAAUGAGAUCAAUAUCAGUGCUUUGCAGACAGCAACCCGGAAUGGCCAUACAUCACUUGUCAGCUUUCUUCUCAAUGAGAACGUUGAUCUGCACCAGAAGAUGGAACCUAAGGCGUCCCCUCUUCAUUUAGCUGUUCUCAACAACCAUGGCACAGUGGUGAACAGCUUGUUAAGUGCACAGCAUGACACUGAUAUCUUAAAUCAGAGGCUGCAGACUCCUUUGCAUGUAGCUGCUGAUUUUGGAAAUGUGGAACUUGAAACUCUGCUGAAGGCUGGCUGUAACUUGAAGAUUGUUUACAAGGUAAAAGAAAAUUUGAAGUUUUAUAAUUUUAAACGUGUACGGUGUGCAGGGCACGGUGGGUAUGCAAAUAAGGCAAGUGGGCGGCCUCUCCGCUCCGGAAAGCUGUCUCCACGCAGCGCCCCUGUGUCAGCACUAGGGGGCGAUGCGGCGGGCGGGCGGGCUGGCGUCCACACGCCGCACCGAGCGGAGACCCGGUCCAACCUGACCAUCCCUUCCCACACGGAUCCCAGAGAGGGUGUCCUGGAGGGCUUCCCAGCAGAGGCCGGUGGAGACCAGCGCGAGGAGCUUGGUGCCUCCUGGGUGUGUCUUCCUCAUGAAAUUUCCCUUCACUCUGCUAUGAGGAAUUCGCAGCUGAAUUCAGCAAAAGGGAAAGCAGUGGGUCCCUACAUAACUGGAUAUUUGAGAGAGAAAAAGAACAUUCAGCAAAAAGUGCUGGAAGAGCACUUCUGUUCACAAAGUCCAGAUGCUAGAGAAAGGUCCCGCUGUGCUCCUCGGCCAAGUUUCCCGGCAGUUUCUGUGGACCUUCUGGAGGAAUUGACUGAUGCUGUGAGGGUGCAGGCUGGUCCAUGCUGGAGGCUGGGGCACAAGCCCCCCUCCUUUAUUCUCAGUGCAGCUGUAUUACACAACGUGAUUGUAUUACGUACCGUACAGUUGUAUUACACACGUGAUUGUAUUACAUACCGUGCAUUUGUAUUACACACAAUGGACACAUCAACCGGCUCUACCCUGACAUUCAAGCAGGCUCACAGCCCGGAGAGCAGGCACAUUCGCAGUCUGCUCUGGCUCCUGGCUUGCUGUCAGCUGAAGGCCAACGAGCGGCAGAGGCUGCCUUCGCGGAACUUUAUGGACGCCCAGAUUAGAGCCAUCAAGGAGCAGUGGUCAGGUCAGUAUAGCCCAGGACAUGAGAGCUUCUGCGAACACGGCCACAGGGCUCUGCUUAUCUGGCUGCAUGGGGCCCUGGCGACACAGGCCACGCCGGUCAAGCACCCGUACAAGGAGCUGGUGCGCACGGACUUUCCAGAACCAGCUGGUGAGUCAGACUUUUCAACCAACAGGUGGAAACUGCUGCUCCCUUAAAAUGGUCGAGGACAGUUGGCAGAUGUGCUCCCCUGAGCCGUGGCAGUGCCAGCUAGGUGUCUGAACACGCAGCUUCUCCUUUGGUGACUUAGUCACUCUGGUCCCGUUGUCAGCCUGGCGGCUCAGGGUCAUUCCCCAGCUGAGCAUUUGAAAAGUGUAGAACUUUUGC